UAGGCAGUGCCUUGAGAGUGAUUUAGGAAUGUGAGCCGGUAAAAAGUCCUGAUGACAGCGGACUUUGCCCAAUACCUCUUGUCUCUCUCUAUAUAUAUUGUGGCUCCAGCAGGAGACCUGUUGGAAACCUUCAUUGUCUCAGAAGGAACAGGGAGGACAUGGCUCCGUGGCCUGAACUGGAGGACACAGACACCAAUAAAUAUAUUGAAGAACCUUCCUCAAAAUCCAAGGAGAUCAUGUCUGAAAAAGAGACGAAAGACACUAAAGAUGGGGCCAUUUCCCUGGGGAAUCAGCUGGAACUUUUGCCUGCGUAUUCCACCAUUGCUUUGACCACUGAAUCCGAAGAAGAAGAAGACCCGUGGAGCCUCCCGGAGCUUCAGGAUACUGGAAUCCAAUGGUCAGAGCUGGAUGGGAAACACAAAGCCCUCUAUAUUUUGCGAGGCAUCGUGAAAUUUAUUCUCCUGCUGGGAUUGCUUUACUUUUUCGUGUGCUCCUUGGAUGUGCUCAGCUCGGCCUUCCAAUUAGUCGGAGGCAAAGCCGCAGGGGACAUUUUCAAGGAUGGUUCUGUCUUAUCCAAUCCCGUGGCAGGGCUGGUCAUUGGCGUCCUGGUGACCGUGAUGGUGCAAAGUUCCAGCACAUCUUCCUCCAUCAUUGUCAGCAUGGUGUCUUCUUCACUGUUGAAUGUUAAGCAUGCUAUCCCGAUCAUAAUGGGAGCCAACAUUGGGACUUCGGUGACAAACACCAUUGUGGCACUCAUGCAGGCUGGUGACAGGAAUGAAUUUAGAAGGGCCUUCGCUGGCGCCACUGUCCACGAUUUCUUUAACUGGCUUUCCGUGUUUGUCCUGUUGCCCCUUGAAAUUGUCUCUCAGUAUCUCUACCGCCUGACCAGUCUUAUUGUGGACUCGUUUCAGCUGGAGAGUGGGGAAAACGCCCCGGAAUUACUAAAAGUCAUCACAGAUCCCUUUACAAAACUCAUCAUCCAGCUCGAUAAGUCGGUGAUAAAUGCAAUCGCCACAGGAGACGAAUCAGCGGAAAAUAAAAGCCUAGUGAAAGUGUGGUGCAAAACUAAAACCAACUUGGUGGAACUGAAUGACACCAUCCCAGCCUCCGAAAAUUGCACAUCUCCAGAUCUUUGCUGGAUCAAUGGAAACAUGACUUGGACGAUCAAGAAUGUGUCGCAAACAGAAUAUCUUGCAAAAUGCAAGCACAUUUUUGUAGGAUCCCAGCUGCAGGACUUGGCCAUUGGUCUGAUCCUGCUUGCUUUCUCUUUGCUUGUCCUCUGCACUUGCUUGGUGUUGAUCGUCAAGCUGCUGAACUCGGUCCUCAAAGGACAAGUUGCCAACGUGAUCAAGAAAACACUCAAUAUGGACUUUCCGUUUCCAUUUUCUUGGGUAACCGGUUAUCUGGCUAUGCUCGUAGGAGCUGGUAUGACCUUCAUCGUCCAAAGCAGUUCAGUCUUCACCUCUGCUAUUACUCCACUUGUUGGAAUUGGGGUUAUAAGUAUAGAACGGGCCUAUCCCCUAACCUUGGGAUCAAAUAUCGGGACGACGACAACAGCCAUCCUAGCUGCAAUGGCCAGUCCUGGGAACCGGCUGAAAUAUUCCUUACAGAUUGCUUUGUGCCAUUUCUUUUUCAAUAUCUCUGGGAUUAUCCUCUGGUACCCGAUACCUUUUAUGCGCAUCCCCAUCCGCUUGUCAAAAGCCUUGGGGAACAUCACCGCCAAGUACCGAUGGUUCGCCAUUUUCUACCUCCUCUCCUGCUUCUUCUUGAUCCCUUUGGCUGUGUUUGGCCUCUCGGUGGCUGGUUGGCCCUACCUGGUGGCUGUGGCCGUCCCCAUCUUUGCGGCCUUGAUCUUCGUGCUCAUCGUCCACCUUCUGCAGAAGAAGAAGCCACACCUGCUCCCUGAGACGCUUCGGAAUUGGGACUUCCUUCCUCGGUGGAUGCACUCCUUGCGGCCCUGGGAUGAUGUCAUCACUGCUGUGGGAGUCGCCUGUGGCAGAUAUUGCUGCUGCUGUUGCAAACGUCAUUGGAACAAGGCAGGUGACCCAAGCGAAGAAGCCAAGCAAACAAAAGCGAUGGAAGUUCACGAGAAUCCUGUAUCGCUGGCCGAUGAAGAGAACUGCCUUUGCAAGGCCACAAAACCAGAGCAAGCGGACCCGAGCACCACUGCCUUGUAGCAGAAAGGGAGACGUUGAGAAUGGAGGUCCAAGGACAGAAUGCUGGGGAUCUGCCUAGAGGGAAAACGGGGAACGUGUCCCAGUGACUUGAACUCAGUGAGAAGACUGAACCAGUGAUGGGUAACGGUGGUUGUCAGGACCCCUUAAGUCAUGUCUAAAUCACAAGAUGCCCAUUCAAAAUAUCAGUAAGGUCAAAGCCUUACCUCACAUCUACACAAGCCAGGGAACAAGUGAAGUCCUGUACUCGUCUCCAAGCUAAGGAAGGCCUGUGGGCAGGUACGCCACUUGUGUUUUAGAGAUGUGUGGGCAAACACUGCCCAUCCCUGCUAAAACUCUCUCAUUUGUAGUCCUGUAGAAGCCCAACGUACUCCAAGUUCUUCAUCGUCAUCAGACCCACAAGUAGGACAUCUAGCCAUGUGUUAUGUCAUGUCAUAUCUCAGUUGGAUCAGGUUUUCAGCAAGAGCUUUAAAGCCGCGUUUCCCUCGAUCCAAAUGUUUUCGAGUGUUCAGGCAUAUGCCAUUGUUAAAACAAAAAUGUAAUAUAGUGUGUUCCACACCGACCUCUUCAACCAUACGAAUUUUCUAAAACCUUCCAGAUGGGCUGGUUGAGGUGUGUGUUCAAGAAAUUAUCUAUAUAUAUUUUAGUACUAUAGGUUCUGUGGUUUGUGCAAUUUAUGAACUUUCUAGAGCACUUGUCUUUUACGGGGCCUAAAUUAUUUGAAGGCUGAAUUUAGAGAGAACAAUUGUUGAAGAAUGUAGCUGCUAUAUCUCUGUAUGUUAUGCAGGAAUGCCAUUUCUGGUUUACAGACACAGGAUAAAGAGAAAGAAGAGGGUACACGUGGGGGGGGGCAUUCACAAGUUUUCUCCUCCUGGUUAGAUUAAAUUAUGGGGGGGGGAUGUGUUUUGAGGAAGUGAAUUGCCCUAAAAAUAUUACCUCAUGUUCCAGAAGCAUUAACUCAUGGAAUGUCCCAAAACCGGGUGAGAUAAACCCUAUUGCUCUUGCAUACAACCUUUUUUACCUCUGUUGUUGGGUGCGAAGGUGUCUGGUUGUGUGUGCACUGUUCUGUAAAUGGGUCUAGGACAGCUUGCCACAGCCAGCUGCCGUGGCACAACUCAUCGUGGGACACGAGUUACAGUAAUAUGGAAGAAAUGGUGGAAGAGAAUCCUUAAAGUAAGGACGCCAAAGGAGGGACAAAAUUUGAAUGGCAAAAAUUUAAAUUAUUUUAAAUAAUUAAAUUGAAUUGAAUCCCAAGGCAAGUUGGCCACAGCGAGUUGUCCUAUUCCACUGUAAACAAUAGUUUGUUCACAAGCAGCAGUAUACAAUCAGCCUUCAAGAUCAAAGAAAGCAAUUUGUAGAUGAGCUUUGCCCCGUAUUUGGAGAGAAACUCUUUUAACGAGGAGCUCUUUAGAUCUUUGGAACAAAUUUACGUAGACGACGUUGCAGUUCAUAACUUUUGCUGGCAUAUGGGGGGGGGGACUCAUUUCAAGCCACUGAGAAGUCAACCAGGAUGAAACCUGGUUACCAAGAUUAUGAUAAGCCCCUGCUGCGGAAAAGAAAAUUAGUCUUUUGCUUCAAGGUAAAAUAUUAGGUCAGCAAGAUCAAAAAGAGAAUUAAUUCAUAUCUUGAGAUGUGCUGUGCUCUAUUACAGUUUAAUGCCCCUUGCAUUCUGCUCGGUACCUAAAUCCAAUUAUUAUCGUUCUGUUUAUUGCCUCGUGGGCUGAUAUUCUGGCAGCUGAUAUGACGAUCCAUCCAUUUUCCUCAUGAUGCCCUUUAUUGCAAAACUUUAUUCUACAUUUCUUGGAAUGGACUAUUAUAAAGAAUUUUAUCUCGAUAUAGAUAUAGAAUUAAACGUGAAUCACUCUUAUCAGAAUCCCUGAGACUUAAAAGGGCUCAGCGACAGAGAAUGGAUUGUGCUGUUUUUUUUAAAAAAAAAUAUUUGCAAAGAGAUUAUCUCGGAUAGGAAUUCAUGCUGGAAGUCCAUAUAAAUGAACUUAGUAUAUGCUGGCUAAAAAUAUCAAGAAGAGUACAAGGCAAAUUCAGCUUUUUUAAAAAAAAAUGGAUAGUUUACAGUGGAGAAAUUGUCUGGGUCUUCCAUUUAUUGCUCCCGAUUAUCAGUGAAAUUUAGAAGUGCUUAUAUAUGCAUUUCUUAGAAAGCAAAUGAAGAAUCUCAUGCAGGUUUACUCAAAAUUUAAUUACCUGUGCUUCACCCAAAGGACCUUUUAAUGGAAAAGUAAUUUUGAUGUAUUUGUACUAGAAAGAGGCCACUUUUUUUUUUUUUUACAAAUACUUGGAUCUGCAGGGCUCCAAGUGCUUUUAAGAAAGCUACAUAUUUAAUCAACUUAGCAAAGAUAGAAAACAUUUGUAGCUUGGGUGGAAGAUGGUGGUGGUGGUUGAUUCUCCAAGUUUGUUGUUUAGCUUCCCAAUGUUUCAUCACCAGCUGAGUGACAUCCUCCUGCUUCAGUUCUUCUCCACUUUUAUUGAUCUCACGUGGUCAAUGAGUCCUGUGACGACUCUCCAUGACUUGUUACAUGCCAUGUGACCGGCUGGUGAUGUUCAUGUGAAGGUCACCAGGUGAGAUCAAUAAAAGAGAAGAAGGAGAAGGAGAAGGAGAAGGAGGAGGAGAAGAAGAAGAAGAAGAAGAAGAAGAAGAAGAAGAAGAAGAAGAAGAAGAAGAAGAAGAAGAAGAAGAAGAAGAAGAAGAAGAAGAAGAAGCUUUUUCUGAAACAUUCAGAAGCUAAACAGCCAGCCUAAAAUGAAACCAUCACCAACAUUUAAUCAGUUUUAUGCAGAAAUUGAUUAAUUAUGAUGCAAUAGCAUAGAAAUGAAGUUUCUAUGCAAUUAAUAAUAAUUGGCACUUGGCAGAAACAGCAGGACACAGCCAAAAUAAAGCACUUAAUAAACCAGGGGUCAGGGGGGGAGGGAGAGUCAGAAAAAUCAAAAUGGUGGCUGCAGCUAUGCAACUAACCCGCCCGUUUUUGAGGGGAACUUUACCCAAUCUUUCUUCUCACGUUGUUUAUGAUAAUGUUCUUGUGUUGCUUGUUUGGGGGGGGAUGUCUUCACACUCAAUCAUUAAUAUUAGCAGGGGGGUUGCUCAGAUUUGUGAAGCAGAAUGCUACACCAAUUCUGUAGACUUUCUGUCUUCUCAAAAACUUGGGGAAGAAGAACAGAAGGAAUGCCUUUGUAUUCCCACUUCUGCUUUCUGCUUGGUUGACUCCGAUGCUGUAACUCAAUCUACCUUUUGUUCCCUUCGGUGGAAUCGUGGUUUAGAGGGAAAGUGGGAACUCUUUCCAAGCAAAAGGAAGUUGGAUUUCCAAGGGCCAACAUGGCGAGUGGUUAAGGAUUAGAGCAGUUGAAGUCAACUGACGGGGUUGAAGAACUAGCGGACACGUUCACAAAAGUUGAGAAGUAGAACAUGUUUUGGGGCUGAUUUAAUAUUGUUUUAUGUAGAACCAGAGGGACGCAUAAGAAGGGGAGUAAAUUGGACAAGACUGAGAUUAGGAAAGAGAAAAGAAUAUACAACACACUUAAUGUUUAUACAUACAGAUAUUAUUUUUCUCUCUGCUUUAUGAACCCAAUAUUUAAGCUCCCCCCGAGCUACUUUAUUCGAGGGAUGAAUCAAUGUCCCCUUAAUUCACCCAUUUCAUAUUGGAUGGAUAACGGUUGUGUUUUUCAGUCCCUCGGUAGAGAAAUAUGCGUAGUAAGGAUUGGACAUAAACAUAACCAAGAAUGUGUUUUUGUCUUCAUAACUUAAUCUGGUGAUUAGAAACUGACUUUUCAUUCCUAAGGUGGAAGGAAGGCUGGCAAACUGAAUCAGCUGGGAAACAAAAUAUUCGUUUUGAACAGGGAAGAUGGGGAGAGAAAGACAAGUCCCACCACUGCAACCAUCUCCACCAGUUUUGUAGAAUGCUACAUUUAUGAUUGCCAUCCCACCAGGGUAGAUGGUCUUCAAAGUUGAAGCACUGCAACCUGCCAGUGGCAUCUGCGUCACAAUUAUGGAAUUAAUUUAAUGGAUUUUAUACGGCUGCCCGCUCCCAAAGACAUGUGACAGGAGCAGGUGAGGCAGCUAGCCAUUGAUGAAUCUUCAUCACCAUGUUUAGUUCAACAUCUUUAGUCAGUUGAUUGCACAGUUAAACACCUGUUCUACAACCACCCAAUGAACAUAGCCCUCUUUAACCCCAAAACAGCAGCAAACUGUUUACCCAAGUUCUCACCAGGGUCAUUAGGUUUUGAUAUGCGGGUGAAAUUUGAAUUUUGAGAUCGUUUUGAAGGCGCUAUGGCCAGCUGUUCAAAACAAGACAACCAGGAUGUGUCCACCAGGGUUAGGGUUAGGGUCAACCAGGGUUCCUCUUGCUUUCUAAAGUUGUAGAUCAGAAAGGAACAUGGCCCCCAUUUCACGUAAGGUGUCCUCAUUAACCUCAACGUCCUCAUACUAACCCCACAAAAGAGGAAAGGACUCACAAGUCCAACUUGAAGGUCAAUGUUAGUUUCACAGAUAAUUUAGGACCUUCAAAGUAUCUCCUGCCUAACCAUGAGUGUUUCCUGGAUUCUGUUUCUCCAACCUGGUGCUCUCUUGUUAACUUGAAGUUUGCUUGCUGGGAUAUGAAUAGGUAACUGCAGUAGAAGACAAUAGGCAAGUUCCAGUUUCAGGGAGGUUACAUUAAAUUGUCCUGUCUUGCAAUAAACAAAGUUGUCUUCUGUCCAGUUGAAAACUAGGAGUCUUCCAGAGUCCCCUCUGAAAAUAUCAGAUCAUGGAACUGCAUCUCUUUCUUUUUUUUAGCAUUUCCCGUUAUUUAUAAUGUGUUUUCUUUUUUUUUUUAGUGUACAGUUUUGCAUGUGUGUUCUCUAAGGAACGGCUUGUGAAAUUUAAUUAUGUAUUGCGUAUUUUACGUUGUGGUGUUUAUAAGGAAUGUUGGGGGGGGUGGAAAGUCUUCUGGAAAAUAGCUUAGAAAAAGAAUGAGUGGGAAUAUUGUCUACUUUAAUAAGAUUUGUUGAAAAGAAAGCAAACUGCCUCUCGCGUCAUGCUUUAAUUUCUGUUAUGCGUUAAAAUAUGGAACUAUUAUUAUUUUGUUUUUUUUUACAUCCUAGUCCUUUGGGCUUUUGUUUGUUUUAUAACGAGAGUUCUUCCUUAACUGUGGAUAAAACAAUGUAACGGAUAAAACUACAAAUGACCAAAAAUGUAAAAUGGAAUAUUCUAAUUUGGCAUGGUUUUUGUCUCAUUGGAAGAGAAUGACAGGAUAUUGAAUGCAAUAUUGAAUGGAAAAUUAAAAGAUUUUGAAAAGACGA